AUGGACGAGAGAGCCGCCAGUCAGGUGCGCUUUCCGCGCGCGGCCGGGUCAUGUUCGCGCGCCCGCUUCCCUUUAAGCUCUCUUUUUCAGCUAUCCUCGCUAUGGAGUCGCUCCGCUGUGAGCCAGUGCGCGUCUCUGAAUCUUUCCACCAGUGUCGACUCCAAGCCGAUAAAGGUGGCGGUGGCGGUGGACGGCAGCGAGAACAGCAUCGAGGCUCUGCGAGCCGCCAUCCGCAUGUUCGGCCCCACGGCCAAGGAGAUCCAUAUCGUGCACGCGCGCCGCCCCUUCGACCAUGAUUUUGACGUGGAAAAUACGCCCCUAUGGCAGCAGCCUUUUCAGCGCAUGGAGCGCCAAUCGCGCGCCGACUCGCGCGAGCUUCUUGGCAUCUGCUGCCAGAUGGCCGCGCAGGAGACGCAGCGCGUGCGCCCCGCGGGGGAGGGGGAGGUUGUGGGGGGAGGGGAGGGGGAGGUUGUGGGGGGAGGGGAGGGGGAAGGGGUGGGGGGAGGGGAGGGGGAAGGGGUGGGGGGAGGGGAGAGGGAGUAG